CUCCGCCGAUAUAUUUCUUUCCAAGAAGACUACCUUGACUCGUACUCGCACUACAUGCUUGCCCUGCACUUGUAUAGGUAGGUCUUGGUACGUAGUGAUUCCGCUGCAACACUGGCCGUGGCGCCACGGCGGCCAUCUCACCAACCAAAGCGGGAAUCUCCAAGCCAUGGCCUGAGAAUUGUCGCGGCUAACACACUUUGAACAUUCUCGACUUGGCAUUGAUCUUGGGAGCAGAGCCCCCUAUCGCCUCGCGCGAAGGCUGUACUUAGCUUCCCUCAUGUCAAGUUGCGCGUUUUCCCUUGUUACUCUUCUUCUGCUGUUUUUCGAGCUCGUUGUUGCCCGCGACAAUGGCUUUACCUACCCUCCGCAUUCUUUCACCAAUGACGGCCUCGAAGGUUCGGAUAUCGUGUUGGUUGUCGGGGAGAAGGUGACGCUGCGUUGGGAGACGGACUACAUCGAGCCUAUUACUAUAUGGCAGUACCAGUGGAAGCGAGACCGCACGGCGGAACCGCGGUUUUACGCAGUUAAGUUGUUAGAAAACACAGCCAACUCGCCGCAACCCAAAAGCCUCUCCUGGACCGCCGCCCCAGUGAAUACAUCCGACCCGGACUGGCCGAACCAACUGACCCAUUUCAACGCCCUCAUCUUCAACGGCUUCGGCUUCAAUUCAAGGACCAUUCGCGUGGUCGAGGAUCAAGCUGCUGCGGCGUCCAUCAGUCGCGCUUUUUCUCUCACUGCCACAGGAGGAGGGACUCCAUCGUCGAGUAUGGUGACGGAUGGGGCUCUGCCGUCUACCACGCAGGCACCGCCUUUGUCUGGCGAUGCGAGCACGGUUGAGAAUGGGAAGUCAGGCGAGACGAGGACGCUGGGUAUGGCGCUGGGCCUCGGACUCGGGAUCCCGCUUCUGGUCCUCCUGGGCGUGCUGGCUGCGUGCUGGGUCUGUCGGCGGAGAAUCGUCGCGCGGUACCGUUUGUCAUCUGUUCCUGCGAUCAGUGGCGCGGUUCCUGCGUCUGCGGAGAAAGAGGUAUAUAACUCGCCGCCUGUGCCGGGGUCGGACUCGGACGGUUGGAAUGGGCAUGGGCAGGGGAGGUGUGAGGUAGAUGCCGGAAGUGUCGCGCGGCAUGAGGUGCCGGGGUAG